AGCAAAAAGUAAAUAGAAAUCCUAAGAAACCAUCAAGUAAAGGAACUCUCAAGAAAAUUUAUUUUCUUUUCCAAAAUUUGGAAACUUUUAUUUAUUUAAUUGCCUUCUUUCAAUAUUUUAAUUAUAUUGUUUGAGUUGACCUGUGUAGCGAGUCUCAACCAGGCUACCCUAGGCCCAUUUCAGAUAGCCCAGGACCUAAAUAAACAAAGUAUUCCAAGGGUUUUAACUCGAGUGCUCAAACAAUAUUAUAAUUCAUUUACUUUAAUUUAUAUUCUUUUUUUCCUUCCUAGCCAUUUAUUGCACUUUUUUUUUCUUUUGGCUCAAUGGCGUCGGCUUUUUCUAUUUUUUUACUGAAAUUUUAACUUUUUUUAUAACCAAAUUGCAUCUAAAAUGCAAAAUUUGACAUGAAACGAAUUUUUUCCUACCCAAUUCAUGCUCCUAAUAUGUGUAUAAAAACAUGCAAACAAAAAAUUUUUCCUAAAAUAUGCCUAACUAAAUGCAGAAAGCGUCCCUCCACACUUAAAUCAUGCAGUGUCCUCAAUGCAUGUAAAUGAUAUAAAAAUGAUGAACAUAUGUACAUAUAAGAUGAAACAGUUAACAACAUGGAACAUGAAAAACAAUAAAAUAGAUGCAAAAUGAUAGGAAGGGGCUCAUAAGAUAUGACAAUUGAUUAUGCUAGGCAGACAAAGUGCAAGUAAAGAAGAGGAUAAUAGAAAAGAAAAAGGUAAAUAAAAUGCAUAAAAGUAAAAGUUUAAAUAUCUGGGUUGCCUCCUAGAAGCUACCCUCCUUUAGUGUCUUCGGCUAGACCAUUUGUUGUGCUCGGGACAAUAUGGAUAAUCCAUAUCGUACUCCUAAUAACAUGUGAUAUUUCAAAACAAAAUUCCCAAGAAAACCAAAUAGCUCACAAGGUCAAAAUAGAAAGAAAAAAAAUAUAGUUUUAGUAUUACUCAUAGAUUAUUUUUCCAAAUAAACACAUAAAGUUCUAACAUCAUAGAUUCUCAAAAAGUGAUCAAGUUUCUGAGAACUAGAUGUUAUGGUGUCGGGUGAUAACUUGCAAAGCACAAGUAACUAAAGAUAUACCCGACACUUAAAAUAGCAUUUGGAAAACAAUUUUAUUUUUGUUAAAUUCUACUAAAACAGUGUUUCUUGUUUCCCUUAUUCUAAUUUUGGAACUUUAAAACAUUGUUUACAAGUAAGGAUUUUAUUAGUUUGGAGAAUCAUGUAUGAGAGAAAAUUUAGUCAUAUUUUUGACAAUGCACAGAAUGUAGAUAAAGAUUAGACUUUGAAAUAGCUGAGCACAAACCAAGACAAUAGAUAAUUUCUUUUUUUUUACCCCAACGGUUCAUUCUCAACUAAACCAAGACAAUAGUCAUAUUUUUGACAAUACAGUGAUUGGACUGACCUUUUGAAAAACUUGAGAUGUUUUAAUUCCCUUUUUUGAUUUUUUACUUCCAUAAAGAAAACUUAAUUCUAAAACAGAGAUUCAUGGCUUGAGUAGGAUUCUAAGGUUCUUGAGAGCAAAUGAAGACUUUGAAAAGUAGCAAACAAGAAAAUCAAUCUCAAGCUCUAAAAAACAAAUCAACUCCAACUAACCCAAGAAAAUCAAUCUCAAGUUUUUUUUUUACUUCACUAUCUAACAUGCUCUGUCUAAACUCACAAGUUGAUUUUAAAACAGAUUUUUCAAUAAGGUUUCAUCCUUUUUAAUUGUUGAGCAGUUUUUUUUACAAAUUUGAAGACUAUGGUUUAGUGCUUAUCAAAUUAGGAAAUGUGAUUUUCAACUCUAAGCAGAAUGAAGACUCUGACAAAGUAGGCCUAAUCACAGGUCAUAGGAAUCAUGCUUGAUUUUUUUAACAGCCAACUCGUUAAAUCAAUGCAAAAUCACUGUCUCAAUUAAGCAUGGCUUAAACAAAAAUGUGGAUUAGGCCACAUGUCGAGUAAGAACAAGUAAUGAUUUAUUUGGGAAUUUUCUUAGCACAUUACCUAUACUUGUUCCAUGGGUACUUAGAAAAAUCAAUCAUUAGGAUAACAAGAGUAAUUAAAAAAACAGGUCUGAAGGGCUCACACGUUUUGUAUGUCGUUUUCAAGAAAGAACCCUUCAUUACAUUGGAUAUUAUGAACUGAACUUGAACACGUUUUUACACAAUCUGUCUCAAGAUGAGAAUGAGCUAGGAAUACUUACUUGGAAAGUAGGAGAUGCAACAGAAUUGAUCCUUAUGGCAUAACAUUCAUAAUCCAAACCUGAACUCUGAUGUAAUGCAACUCUUUCUACAGAUCUUGAGACUCCCGUAAUGCAUAUCCCAAUUGUUUGAUCACUCAAAACCUUUGGCACAGAAGUCACCUGAAAUGUAUAGCAAAUGCAGCAAUUUCCCUUCAGUUUUGGUCAAGCCUUUGCUCCUCAUAUUUUGCUUUUAGCCUUGCUUUGUUACUGCAUGCUAUUUUUUUCCGAUGAAGCAUGGGCACCUGUGGCAGCUACUUUGGUCGCAACUAAAGAUAUCCAGCCAGAAUCAUAUUCUCAUCUCAAUGUCUGAUUUUCAGCUCCUUGCACCUUAAAGUAUAGUGGUUCCUUAAGCUGAACUCUGUUGUUUAUUCUGCUCUAACAGAACAGAUUCACAUGACUGAAGAUGCUGCCAACUGAAGGUCUGAAAAUUGAAUUUGAUUCUUUUUUCUCUUUUCAAUUUGCCUACAUUCAAUGCCUAAAGAAAAAAAAAGUUAAAGUUCUAGGUUAAAGUAGCUACUGUUAGAAUAAGUUCGAAAAGAAAAUUUAGCUAGAUUAAAGUUAGAAACUAAAAGAUUAGUUUAAGUUGAAACCAAAAGUUAGAAUUAUAGACUAACUAUUAAUCUAAAGACACUGACACAGACAUAACUAAAAUUCAAAAUAAAAGAUGACUCAAGCUAAAAGGACGUAACUCAAAUAACAUAUGAAGAGAACAAAAGCUGUCUAGUAAUCCAAAGAGACAAAUAAAUCUAAAACAAGGAAAGAGUUUGGAAUAGACUCAAGGACACACAAAACAAUUACUUAAAAAAAUUAACUCAUUUUUUUUGGUAUCUGCGUCUUAAUAGAACUACAAAUCUGUUUUUUUUAGUGUUUUUAUUCUGAUUUUUUUCAUUUUUUAGGAGUUUCUUUCGUUUUUGUUUUGUUGUUUUUUUUCGUUUUUCAAUUUUUCUUGUUUUUUUUUGUUUUGGUUUUUUUUGCUUUAAUUUUUUUGUUUUUUUUUUGUUUUUUUCAUUUUUUUUAAACAUAGCAAACUGAUUUUCAUAAAAGUUAAUCUUUCCCCGGCAACGGCGCCAAAAUUUGAUAGGCGUGUCGUAGCACUACAAAUUAAUUUAUUAUUUUCCUUAACUUAAAUCCCCCUUUAUGAAUUAAUAUUAAUUAAAACAUAUGGAUAGGGCAACAGCAAGCCAAACUCAGAAGCUACUCAGGGAGAAAACAAAUACACAAAAACAAUCACACAAUAAACUUUAUAAAACGUAGACAAUAAUAAUUAACUUAAAUCAUUUUGAAAAUACUUAUAGUUUUUAAUAGAAAAUAACUGAACAAAUCUAAUUAACUAAUUAAUUAUGCCUUGAUUCUGAAAUUAAACUCAGGGUUAGGCUGAAGAAUAGGUCCACCAACGGUUCUUCCCUAUUUUCCCAUUCAUAUUAGCUCAUGUUAAGACCAACCCUAACUCUAAACCCUACUAUCCUUAGUAGGGGUGUUCAAAAAUAUCCGAUCCGAAAAAUCCGUCCAUGAUCCGGGCAUAUCCGAUCCGAAAAACGAAUAUCCGAUCCGAUAUUUUGGCUUUCGGAUAUUUCGGAUCGGAUAUCCGAAAAAAAUCGGAUCGGAUAUGGAUUCAAUUUCUGGAAUUUUUCGGAUAACCGGAUAUCCGAUUUUUUUUUUUUGCUUAUAUGUUUAAUGGAAUUUUAUAAAUAUAUAUUAUGGGUAUAUGUUUAAUGCAAUUUUAUGUUGAUUUUGGAACUCAAGCAUUUUGGACUUUUUGCAUUAGCAUUUUAAAACUUUUUGUUUUAAUAGUAAUUUUUUUUGUUUGUUUAAGCAAAAAUACCAAAGUUACUCCCAAAUUGAAUUUGGUAUCAAUUUUUUUUAUUAGGCCGUUAUCUUGUGGUGAAAUUUUUCUUUUAGUAAAUCUAUAUUGAAUUUGAUAUUGUGGGUUGAUUUUGCUAUUUUACCUUUUUUUUGUAAAUUUUGUCUAAAAAGUCAAUUUUUCGGAUAAUCCAGUGAUCCGAUCCGAAAAUUCGGAUAUUCGAAUUUCGGAUAUCCGAAUAUUUUCGGAUCGGAUAUGGAAUGAGUUUUACAUGAUCCGAAAUUUUCGGAUCGGAUCGGAUCGAUCCGAUUGAACAGCCCUAAUCCAUAGCAACCCAAAGACCAACCCUUAAGUUACUACUAAGAAUAGCGCAUUAAGAUUUGUGGAAAACAUCACCAUAACGACUUUGCAGUACACUACGGUUAUUUAACAAAAUCAGUUCGAAAACCUUGAUUAGCAAAAACCACUUAGCGAGGCAGCCUAUGCUAAUCAAGUGACACUUAGUUUCUAGAAAAGUUUGGCUAUUUAAAGCAAUUUGUACUUUAAAAGAAUAUCAAUUUAAACUGGAUUAGGCGCGCGUUCCUAAUUUGGUCCAAUUUAAGUAAAAUCUGGUGAAUAAUAGUUCUCAGAACACCUUUUCGAGUUUAGAUUUAACAGUAGCAUAGAACUAAAAUCUUUUCAAAGUCAAACUAGUUCAACAAGAACAAUCAAAUCAAAGAUUUAAUCUUUUUUUGUCAAAUAAUUUGACCUAAGAAGGUUUUAUAAUUUCAGAGAGAAUAAUUAAUCAAUAAAUCAUAACUUGAACAACUAAACAUCAACACUUAAACAAUUCAUCACUUAUAUUAUAACUUAACCAUUUAACACAAAAAUUGGAAUAGAAAAUAAAUAUAUUUAAUAUGGAUGCUCAAAUUCAUCAAUUGUAAAUUAGUGAAUUUAAAAUCCUAAUUAAAAAAAGAGUAAAGUCAAAUACGGAGUAAAAUGAAUAAACUGAUGAACACUCCCCUUAGUCCUCUGCCUCUGCUCACUGUACGAAGCCAAGAAAACGCCGAGUUCAGCCGCGCCGGACCUAGCCGCCAUCGGAAUCACCAUCUCCGGAAUUCAAGCCACCAUCGCGCCGCUGGACUGCUGGGCCUAGGGGUUGGAACCCUAGGCCGGCUCCCUGCUCUGUUCUCUCCCUCUCUGUUGUUUUCCGUAUAUCCGCCCCCGUUUGCCUUCCGUGAGCAUGUGUAUUUAUAUUGGCUAAAAUUUGAUGCUGGAACUUCCUCUAAUGAUCAGGAUUGGUUACAAUUAAAUUGGCAGAGGAAUGAAUACAUCUUCACCCUUUAGAACUCUAGAGCUGCUUUCUUUCUAGUUUCUUUUCUUCUUUGUGAUAUUUUGUUAUUCUUUUGGUGACUUGGUCAACAUAAAAAUUUGAUUGAAACACUGCAUUGGAGUGCCAAUUGGGCCAAAUUAUAUCCGGUUUAGCCAAAAUCCAUACUUUAUUUAAAAAGACGGAGUCAACAUAUGAUUUUCCCGCCUAAAAAGUAUGACAAUUAUAAAUGGCAAUUGUAAAG